ACUCCCCGUGCUGUGUGCUGACCCCAGUAACACCCCACCUCUGCCCUAUAACCAACCCCUGCUGUGCUACUGCCCCAGAAACACACUCCACCCCCAACCUAUAACCCCCUCUGCUGUGCACUGACCCCAGUAACACACUGCCCCCUGCCUCAAUGCUCCCUGUAGUGGGGCGGAGGGGCCUCCCACUGAGCCAGAGGGGUAGGGAUCACUGAGCUCCCUGGUGGGUAGAGCCAGGCCAGGCCUGCCCCACAUGCUGGAAGCUAAGGGGCAAUACAGGAAGUAUAAGAGGUGGGACCUCUAGCCCAGUUUAGCCUGAGCCAGGGAAGGAGAUGGAUAUCCCAAACCUGCUGCAGGCCCUGGGCUCUGCACCGAGCCAUGGAGCACCCUGACCCCAGAGGAAGCAGAGAGUGGAGCGGAGCGACUAGGAUUGCCGGUGGCCCAAUACCUCAAUGAGACAGAGGACCCUUGGACUAUGGAACCCCUUGGCCAGAUGGUGCUGCUGUAUAAAUAGAGGUGCCGAGCAGCAGAGAGCUCCUGGCAGCCACCAUGCAGGGACUGAGGCUGCUGUGCUGCUGCGUGGCGUCUCUCCUGCUCCUCGGGGCUGCAGAAUUGCAAGUUUCUGCCUCGGGGGGCACUGAAGAUGUUGCCAACUUUGUUGAGAAUCACUUAUCAGCUGGAGACCAGAGCCUAGAGGGGAACGAAGGGGUACUUUGCCCAGACUCUGUACCUCCUGAGAAGACUGUUCUCCUCCAGCCUGCAGACAGCAAUGAGGCAGCAGCCCAGGAAAGGAGCGGAAUGCCACAUGACUCUGGUUCCAAGACAGGUGCUGAUAUAAAUAUCCCUGUUGAUGGCUUGAACAAUGACAGCCAAGAGGAGGACAAUGACAUGAACGUUGCUAAUGCUUCUUCAUCGGUUUCAGAAUGUGACGCUGCCACAGGCAGCAAUGCUGAUGGAAGCGAGAUUGUGGCGAGAGAGACAGAGCCAGCAGAAGGGACUCCUCUCCCAGGGGAAGACAUAGAAGAGCUGCUGGCCAAAGAACAGCCCGGAGGCAGGAGGAGUGAAGCUGCAAAGGACAGAGAGGAGGAGGGGGAGCUCCAUGCGGCAGGGGUGGAAAUCAGGCUGGAAGAGGCUGGGAGGGAAGAGGACAGGCAAAACUCUCCUCCCGCCACAGCAGGGAGUUUUGAAGAGAGCACCCGCCUGCCUGCAGAGGAGAGGCAGGUUUCCCAGUGUGGUACAAAGGCUAGAGAGGAGGUAGCAGCAGCAGAGCACCACUCAGGGCCUGACGAUGGCAAAGAUGCUGCUGACAAGGAAAGCGAAGUCAGUGAGGCCUCCCAGAGGAGCACGCCGCCCUCGCCAGCCAGCGGGGAAUCGCCCCCUCAGGGAGAUGCACAUAGGGCUGAACCUGCUCUAGCAGAGCCAGGAACUCUUGAGGAAGAGGGGACACAGCUGGAAGAAGGCUCUAAAGAAGACAAGAGCCGUAUUCCACAUGCUAGCCAAGGUGCCGAAUCUCACAUGCAAGGUGGGAAUCAUGCAAACCAGCAAGACAAAGAAGUCUCUGGCUCAGAGACCAGUCAUAUCUCUGGGGACCCUCUUGGGGGCAAUGGACUAGCUGCAAAAGAGAAGGAACCUGAUUCAGGCAACAGAACUGGUGACAGUCCUGUGAGGGAGACCACCACUGAUGGCCAGGCAGCGGAAAGGGACCGAGAGGAACCAGGCACUGCCUCUGCUGAGGGAGUGGGAGAAAACCCUAACUUGGAAGCAGAGGAGUCUGAAGAAAGUUCAGAGGAAGAGGAUGAUGACCAGGAAGAGUCUGAGGAAGAGGGUGAUGAUUCAGCAGAGGAAGAGAGUGAUGACUCGGCAGAGGAAGAGAAAGAGGCGGCUGGCUUGGCAGAGGAAGAGGGUGGUGACUCUGCAGAGGCAGAGGAGUCUGGCCCUGCAGAGGAAGAGGGUGGUGAUCCGACAGAGGCAGAGGAAGAGAUGGCUGGCCUGGCAGAGGAAGAGGGUGGUGAUGAGGCAGAGGGGGCUGGCCUGGCAGAGGCAGAGGGUGGUGAUGAGGCAGAGAGGGCUGGCCCGGCAGAGGCAGAUGGUGGUGAUCCGGCAGAGGAAGAGGGUGGUGAUCCGGCAGAGGCAGAGAGGGCUGGCCCGGCAGAGGAAGAGGGUGGUGAUCCGGCAGAGGAAGAGAGGGCUGGCCCGGCAGAGGAAGAGGGUGGUGAUCCGGCAGAGGCAGAGGAAGAGGCUGAAGAAGUCAUUGCCCCAGAUAUCCGAGUGGCUGCUAGUGACAUGGAAGACCACGGCCAUGUCAAAGAGGAAGAGAUCAGUGAAGUGGAAGCUGAGUCUGAAUCUGCAGGCCAGAAGAAUGCACCCCACAGAGACAUGGAGCAGGACAAAGCUCACUCUCACAAUAGUAACCCAGCUGUAGCAGGAAGCCUUUCCGUGGAUGUGCAGUUAAUGGCAGAGACAGAUAGCCCACCUGGCAACAACCAUCUUCCUGCUGCUGCUGUGCCUGACCCCAGACAAAUAGAAGAGACAGAAGAUGUUGGGGAGACUGCCAAGAGGGACCGGUCCCAUAUAGAGAGCACCCUUAAACUGAGUGAGGCUAAACCUGCAGAUGACUACUCAGCAACACUGCAGCGGUUGAGGAAGAUCUACCACUCCUCCAUCAAACCCCUGGAGCAGUCCUACAGAUACAACGAGCUCAGGCAGCAUGAGAUCACAGCUUACCAUGGACGUACCCUGGGCUCCUCAGCCACAGAUGGGGAGAUUACGUCCAAGCCAAUGGUGCUGUUCUUGGGACCAUGGAGCGUUGGCAAAUCCACCAUGAUAAACUACCUCCUAGGACUGGACGACACGCCCUACCAGCUGUACACAGGGGCCGAACCCACCACCUCUGAGUUCACGGUCAUCAUGCACGGCCCAAAGCUGAAGACCAUCGAGGGCAUCGUGAUGGCUGCUGACAGCGCACGCUCCUUUUCGCCCCUCGAAAAGUUUGGGCAGAACUUCCUGGAGAAGCUGAUCGGGAUAGAGGUGCCUCAUAAGCUUUUAGAGCGGGUCACCUUUGUAGACACACCGGGCAUCAUUGAAAACCGCAAGCAACAGGAACGAGGUUACCCAUUCAAUGACGUGUGCCAGUGGUUCAUCGACAGAGCUGACCUCAUCUUUGUCGUCUUUGACCCUACAAAGCUGGAUGUGGGGCUGGAGCUGGAGAUGCUGUUUCGCCAGCUGAAGGGCCGGGAGUCUCAGAUAAGAAUAAUCUUGAACAAAGCAGACAGUCUUGCCACCCAGGAGCUUAUGAGAGUCUAUGGCGCCUUGUUCUGGAGCUUAGCUCCUUUGAUCAAUGUCACUGAACCUCCCAGGGUCUAUGUCAGUUCCUUCUGGCCCCCAGAAUAUCACCCUGAAACCCACAAGGAUCUGUUCCUUAAAGAAGAGAUCUCGCUCCUGGAAGACCUUAACCAGGUGAUUGAAAACAGGCUGGAGAAUAAGAUUGCCUUCAUCCGCCAACAUGCCAUCCGGGUUCGCAUCCACGCCCUCCUGGUCGACCGCUAUCUGCAAACCUACAAGGACAAAAUGACUUUCUUCAGUGAUGGGGAGCUGGUAUUCAAGGACAUUGUGGAAGACCCUGACAAGUUCUACAUCUUCAAGUCCAUCCUGGCAAAGACCAAUGUCAGCAAGUUUGAUCUCCCCAACCGCGAGGCUUAUAAGGACUUCUUCGGCAUCAAUCCCAUCAGCAGCUUCAAGCUACUAGCUCAGCAGUGCUCCUACAUGGGAGGAUGUUACCUGGAGAAGAUCGAAAGGGCCAUUACUCAUGAGCUUCCUGAUCUCUUGGGGAGUAUUGGCUUGGGGAAGAAGCCCAGUGUUCUCUCCUGUGACACAACUGGCUGUGGUGAAACCCCAAGGAACCGCUAUAGGAAACCAUAAUAUGCUAUGUACUAACAUAACCAUUCAUGUGUUCCUAUUGGUGAAUGAGCUUAUGUCUUAUCUGUCCAAGAAGCCAUGGUUUAUUAACCCUUUGAGUGCCACACUGGCAAGAGCUACUGUACAAGGAGGACUUUGAGUCAUUGACAUUAAUGGCAGGGGAAGCGGGGUGGGCAUAGAAAAGAGAAUAAAGAACUGUGAAUUCCUGACAUAUUAUCUUUGUUAUUUCAAAUAGAAAGCAAUGUUUAAGCUGUACGUAAAAGCAACAAAUGGUGACCUAAAGCUUUAGCUGCUUUUUCACUGGUACUGAAGUUCAUGAGUGUGGAACAAGAAGUUCAACCUUUGCAUACACUAAGCAGGCAGGGAGUAGGAAACGCAGACUCUGGAAUGAUAACCUGGAGGAAGGCUCCGACGCCUUGACCUGGAGAACCGGAGAGGGUCACCUCUGGGGAGAGAGAGAUCCAGCAGAGUAAAUGUCAGCUUUUGGCGGCUGUAUAUAGGCACGAGGACCACAGAAAUGCCUAUAAAUAAAUAAUAAUCUGUUUUUUUCUUUUCAAGACUUGUAGGCCAUCAGGUUCAGUUCUUUGUGAGCUCCAUUUGGAUGACAGUUGAACUGUAACUCAGGAUCUUUAGCAUUCACCCAGGUAUUAGUCCUCUCCUAUCCCCAGGGGUAGGGAAAGAAAGACCCCAUGUCUGUGUUUAGACUGGAUUCAGUCCAAUCUCUGGGAACAUAUGGCAUUUUUAGCACCAAAUGCAUGUCCCAGGUGGGAUUUGGAAGUCUGGCUCAUAAGGAGAAAUGGACUGGAGUUGAAAGAGCAAAGGCUCUUAAGUUAUAUUUGAGAGACAGUGGCUGUAACUCAAGAAAGUUCAGAAGAAAGCCUUUGAAAGCGUCAGUCUGUCCCUGUGUCUGAGAAGAAGCAGGGAGCUUAGUGUAUGCAUUUGCUGUUAGCGUCACGCAGUUGUUGGCAAGUCAAGCACAAACCUUGGUAGGGCUCAGAGGGUUAAUCAAUUUGCAUUUUGACCUUGUUUUUGCCAGUGUUGCAUGUUUUCUCCAAGUCAGAUCCCUGCGUUGUUGUGUGGUUUGGAGGAAGACAGGAACACCCUCCGUUUCACAGCUGUUGCCUGUUUUCUCUUCCAAUCUUUUUGCUGUAGGUUAGGAAGUCGGAAGUGUCUGGGCCCUGUCUUAUUUGGGCUGAGCCAAGCAGUCAUAUUUAUUUGUUGGCGUUGCCAUGUUGUUCACCUGCCCCAACACACCAACACCCAAAAUUGUGAGUUGCAGGAAAUGAUGCCAUCAGAACCAGUGCCAGCCUCUCUGUGGACAUAGUUCGUUGUAGAUGGCAACUAAAGAACAGGGGAAAUAUGGGAGUCCUCUUCACUAAGCAGGCAUUGUUUGGUUGCAAUGACCCAGCAUGGCUGGUGGUUGAGCUAAGCACUAACUGAAGAAGAAGGUGGAUGUUGCCCUGAACGGUGAAUGGUGUACGAGACCUGCUAAAUAGCCUUUCUUCAUUAUUCUCCCUGUCAAAUGGACCAGAGCUGAGGCUGGUCUUCAGAGAACCUUCUGAGUAGAAGUACUCACUGUAACUUACCUGUGGGCCUUAUCUGCUCAGGGUCAAGAAUUUUUAAUGAAAUGCCAAGCAAAGCAAGACAAAGAUCGAAAGACAAAAGGAAAUAGAAAGCCAUAUGUUGGCUUUUUAAAGAAGAAAUUUGAGCAGAUGAGAAAGUGGAAGGUGCUGACCAGAGCCUGUUGGGAGCAUGGCAUUGGGUCUGAAAGGCAGCACAUCUCUGAUCCACAUGUGUGAAUAGAGAUGGAGCUGUGGCUACAGGAGAAUCAAACAUAUCUAGCACUGGUCUGGGAUUCAGCUUCCUUGGUGCCAAAACCUUGAGUUUAAAAUAAACGGUCUUUUAAAGCAAUCCGGGUUAGUUCUAGUGGGCAUUGUUUCAUGGGUGCUUGACUUGGUCCAAAUGUGUCACCCUGGAGGACACAGCCGAUGGGUAAUGAGUCCCCAAAGGCUGGGUGCCGGAGAAGAAACAAGUGCAUCAACGAGUACUGCAAGAGGGCAGGUUACAUGCUGAGGGAUUUUGUGCACAGUGCUGAAAGGAACAGGGUCAGCUAAUGAAGGCAAGAAGAGGCGUCAGAGAAACUGGCAUCUGAAAUAGCUCAAAGAGAAGUGACAUGCUGGUGAGUCAAUACUGAGUGAGGUCUCAGACUGCCUUGGAGCUGCUUCCUCCAUUCACUUCUGUUCUUCUCCUCUCUUUCUUUUAUGUUACCCCAUUCCUCCUCCUCAUCCUUCUUUGUCUUGGUCACCCACUCUUUCUCACUUCUCAUUGUCCUCCAUUAAGCUUACCUGCUGCUCCUGUCACUUGGCCUAGUUUGCAUGGUGUUCUUAGGAGCGAAUGGAAAAGAAACACUAUCAGAACUGUGCUAAUUUUGCCACUGCUUCUGCCAUCACAUUAUGUUUUAUUGUCACCAUAAGCAAAUAAGUCUGUUAAACUUUUCUAAUUCUCUGUGCCUUAUUCUUCCUGCUCGUUCUUUGCCUUUUUGUUUCUCUUCGCUGUGCUGUCAUCUUCUUUUUGUCUUUCUCCUGUUCAUGUUCUCUUCCCCUUUUCUUCAGUCUUUCUCCUACCUUUUCUUUCCUCCGUUUCUUGUCAUCCUCUUUUCACUAUACCCAGGUCAUUCCUUCCUAGUUCCCUCUUGCUCACUAGCAUUCUGCUGGUCAUAAAGCUACUGCUCUCCUUUUGGGUGUUGGUGUAGGUGAUGAUUGUGGUGUGGCUGGUGUUACCAACACGAUAUAGACUGAGGAACUUUGGCAGCAUUGAGGAGGAUGGAAGAUGUAAAGCAUGGUUGUCUACAGGUACUGGGCCUGUUGGUUGACGUCCUGUUGGGUAAGCAUUCAUUGACAAUGAAGAUCUCUGCAUAUACUCAAGAAAGUCUCCUGUACUCAGAUGAGUUCACCUUUUAACAUGUGACUGACAAAAGCAUAUUACUGGCUCAAAAGCUCAGCGUAGAGGCUCAUGCAUUGAUCGUAACCCACCUUCCCAUCUGAAAAUUUACACUAGGAUUCUCUUCUUAAAAGCACUCCUGGCACUCCAUGUUUAACCUCCCUGAGGCCUGAUAUCAGGUGACCCUUCAGAAACAGUGCAUUUGUUUGUUAAUUGCACAUUAAGCUGGGCCCACUCUUAGCUCUGGUUGGCUACCACAGCCCUUGUCGGGAAUCUGACACAUUUCUGAUGGCCUUUCUUCCCAAGCCCCUUGACACUUGAAAUGACUUGCAUGGCCACAGAAAAUGAUUGUUAGUCUAAGAAGGACUAGUUCAAAGCCCAUCUCAUCUGUCACACUCUGAUGACACAGCAGACUCCUACCAUCAAUCUGACUGUCUCUGUUUUAUGAAACAAAAUGAACUUGAUUAGAAACAAAAUAUAAAGUGUGACAUGAGCGAUGUGUCUCUGAGUUACAGGAAAUGCAUCGGGAAUGAAAACAGGGAGCCUGAAGAUCUUUUAAUUUUGCUAAAAAACCCAACAUCCCUAAACCCACUGUUGUGUGCUUCUUUUUUAACAGGAAUCUGGACAGACAGCAUAUAAGGAAUUACAUGCUGUAAUAUAUUCCAAAUUAGAUGUUCAUGAUAAUGUGCAUUUGGAUAAAAUUGUUGGUCCUGUACAUCAACCCGUCUAAUAAAAUCAGUAUUUUUCA